AGAGGAUGAGGAGGUUCCGGGGUUAAAGCUGGAGCUUCCGGAGCGGUGAGGGAAGGAGAGGGGUUGUGCUGUGAGAGAGGAUGAAGAAGGAGCAAGUGGUGCAUUGUCAGUUCUCUGUGUGGUACCCGCUGUUCCGAGCCGUCACCAUCCGCAGCGUUAUACUUCCUCUACCAGAGAAUGUGAAAGAAUAUUUGCUGGAUGAUGGAACGCUUGUUGUUUCUGGAAGAGAAGAUCCACCAACUCAAAUAUCAGAGGGGAGUGAUGAUGCAGAGGAAAUACAGUGGUCAGAUGAUGAGAAUACUGCAACACUUAAGGCACCAGAGUUCCCAGAGUUUACAGACAAAGUUGAAGAAGCCAUAAGUUCCUUGGGCGGCAGUGUUUUUCCUAAGCUGAACUGGAGUGCUCCAAGGGAUGCUUACUGGAUAGCAAUGAAUAGCUCUCUGAAAUGUAAAGCUCUAAGUGACAUUUUCCUCCUCUUCAAAAGUUCAGACUUCAUUACUCGUGACCUCACGCAGCCGUUUAUUCACUGCACUGAUGACUCCCCUGAUCCUUCCUUAAACUAUGAGCUUGUUCUUCGCAAAUGGUGUGAACUAAUUCCUGGUGCAGAAUUCAGAUGCUUUGUCAAGGAAAACAAGCUUAUAGGUAUAUCACAGAGGGACUACACUCAGUACUACGACCACAUCUCUAAGCAGCAUGAGGAGAUCUGUAGAUCAGUACAGGAGUUUUUCAAGAAACACAUACAGUAUAAAUUCUUGGAUGAAGACUUUGUUUUUGAUGUGUACCGAGACAGCAGGGGUAAGAUUUGGUUAAUAGAUUUUAAUCCAUUUGGAGAAGUAACAGACUCACUGCUGUUUACGUGGGAUGAACUGACCUCUGGGAGAAAUCUGAAAGGUGACCAGAGUGAAGGGGAAGCAACAGAACAGGACUGUCCAGUUUUCCGUUGUACAAACAGUCAAGUUACUGUCCAGCCCAGCCCAUACCUGAGUUAUCGACUGCCAAAAGAUUUUGUGGACCUGUCUACAGGAGAGGAUGUUCACAAAUUAAUUGACUUCCUUAAGCUGAAAAGAAAUCAGCAAGAUGAUGACUGAGAUAUCAAGAAGCAUUGCAAUGAAUUGUGGAACAAUUCAGUCAAGAAAUGAAGAAAAAGUUAUGUUUAGGUCAACUAUUAAGCUAAAGAAAAACUGUCUUUUAUAGUCAACAAAAGAACUGAAGAGCUGUUCAUCUUUGUAUAUCUAUUGGUUUAUGUAACAGUGUAGAAAGCUUCUUCAUGGAGACAUGGAGGAUCAGGGUGAGAUCUCCUUGGAUUCCAGCUUAAAGGCCAUGGUACAGUGAUGCAAGCAACAAUCUGAGGCAACUGACUGCCUUCAUAUCAUAUAAUGUGAAAAUGAAUGCUAUUGAAAUACGCCUUUGGACUCUUUGGUCACAAAUAUGACAGCAUUUAAUUCUGCAGUGAAAACAUCAGGAGUUCUCUGAAUUUAGACACUGUCUUGUUUAAAAUACAGAGUGGUUACAAGGAAAAAAUUCUUCAUUGUGAAGGCUAUUGCUUCCUUCAUUUCAUGGAACAGAUGUAACUACUAAAGCUUUCUUGAAACUUAUUGUUAACGUUAUCCACCAGGUAUCAGUUUUGGCUUUAAUAUAAAUAGUUAAACAUAACAUGAACCUGUAAUUUUAUGUGGACUCAGUCUCAUUUCUUUUUGUGUGUUUAUAUGAAGUUAUUCGUGUUUCUUGCCUUGGUUUUGCUGGCAAGUUGAUGUGGUGCUCAGUUACCAUCUGUUCUUAGAUGUUAAACCUGAGUUUAGAUGGUAAAUGACUUCUUACUGUCACUAUUUAGCUUCAGUUUUGAGUGAGAAGUUUGAUUUUAAAGAUGAUGUGGAAUAAGAGUCCAGUUCUACCAAAUAUAAUUCAUUAAGCAUCACAGAUUUACAGCUCCUGUAAUCUGCAAAGAAUCUUCCCUACUCUUUCACUCUCAAGCAGUGGAAUCUCCUUCUCCAUAACUUUUAGUGCACAAAUUAGAUGGACACUAUUUCCCUGUGUAUUCUGAAGCAUCCCUAUAGCUGAGUAAACUGCAGCAAUAUCCUUUUAACAAUCCUUUACAUCUUGAGUUUAUUAUUCCUCUUGAAAAUAGCAUCCUCAAAUGAACUGAUUAUAAUGCAGAACUCUUAAACAUGCUGGCAUGAUGUUUUUCUUUUCAGUGCUCCGAGUUUAUAGUUCAGCUCUUGUAGAACAAAUCCCAGUGGAACUGAACACUGGCCUAGGAUGUGUGUCCCGAAAUAGCUUUGCUUGUUUCCAGCCUGAGCAGUUUGUUUUUCUCCCCUAUGCUAAGAGAUGACCAGUCUGAAUUAACAGAUUGCUCAACCAAGCUACCAAACACUGAUAACUACCUUUAUUUCUAGUUACAGGAACUUAAACUUCCUCUGGCCUUAGUUAAGAGCCAUAAAAGGAAGCAGUGCAGGAGGACUGUGGUUAAGCAAGAAGUAUCAGAGAAAAGUCUUCAUUAUUUCACAGCCAAUGGUUGUGGUAUUUAAUCUCUUAGAUGAAUAGUGGGAAUCAGGAUUCCAAUGACCCCGUAAGUAUUAUUAGCAUGUAGUGGCUUAGUUCAGUACAGUUCUACUCAGUUGGCUCUUUUCCAGUGCUGUCCUCAUCUUUUUGACUACCAACAUAAUAUUUUGAGUGAAAGUUAAGAUUAGAAUAAGCAGCAUCAUGGAUAAUACUGAUCUUAAUUCAAAAACUCCUCUCUCUCUGUCGACUUGUUUCCCCUUAAAAAGAGAUGUUCUGACUUAAUUUUCUGAGCAGUGCUCUAUUACGGCUGAAAAGGAUCCUAAAAAUAGGAUAAUAAUUUUUCCUCAGCUCUGAGUUUCAGUAAAUGAAUAGCACUUGUUGGAAUCCUGUCACACUGUAUGGUUUGUUAAUCCUCAUAAUUUCAUUUGACAUUCCUAGCUAGAAAUUUAAUGCAUCUUAUUCUUAAGUGCUUGCACUUAGCUGAUAUCCAGGGUGUAGUGCUGGCCAGAGAAAAGGUACCCAGUGAGUCAGUUCAGGUGUUCAUUUAAGCACUGCAGACAAACAGUCGCAGUUAAAGGCUUUCAUGAGACUGUUGCCACAUGAAAGGGUUCAAAAGCAGAUGGGUGGUAGUGUGGAGGUGGGUGACAGCGUGCCACAAAGCUGCCUAGAAGCACUUCCUGAUACUUCUGUGUGGGCUUCAGUUAGUUUAGCUCUUACAAACUGUCCUGGUUCUGAAGUGUUGAAUAGUUGGAGAACAGAGGGAUAACUGUCAGUGAAUGUAAUUGCACAAAUCAGCUUGGCAACCAGCAAAUAAUUUUAACCCCAGAGGUGAGAGUUAUGCUACUCAGUUUGUGUUUGGAUGGUGAAUCUGUCACUUGAGGAAAUUAUACUGUGUUAAAAUAUGUAUCUCUGUUUAAGAGAAGGUGGGGCUUUAAAGUAUAAUACGGGGAGAGACAAUAGGACGUGUGGUUUGUGUCAGAUACUUUAUAAUGCUGAUAUCUGGAGGCUUAGCUGUCUUAACAACAGAAGUUUGCCUGGAUGUUGAAUUCACAGUGUCUUUGAACUUGAUGACCUCUGUAAAGAUAAAGUCUGCUUCAACUUGUGGCCAUCCUUGAAUUUUAAGGAAUUAAAAUGAUUUCUUGCCAUAGCUGGCUUACUGUGUGCAGUCUCGAAGCUUUCUCAAAGGUACAGAGUCCUUAAGCAACAAUAUGUAAUUACAGAUUUUUAUAAUAAUAAAAGGAUUAGCAUUGUGCUAAGAUAC